CCAGUGCUAGGAGAAACAGAGAAUGGGAUUGUAGCAAGCUACGGAGCGGCUAUGUCCCAAUCAGGAUGAUAUCGCAGAGGGAAAAGGGUGAACUUGCUCGAUUCUACACCGUUACGGACCCCAGAAAGCACGAGAAAGGAUAUACAGUUUACAAAGUCACAGCAAGGAUCAUCUCCCGUAAAAACCCCGAAGACAUCCAAGAGAUCACUGUGUGGAAGAGGUACAGCGACUUCCGGAAGCUUCAUCGCGACCUCUGGCAGAUCCACAGGCACCUGUUCCUGCACUCCGACCUCUUCCCACCCUUCGCCAAGGCCAAAGUCUUCGGUCGUUUUGAUGACUCGGUGAUCGAGGAGAGGAGGCAGUGUUCAGAGGACCUGCUGCAGUUCAGUGCCAACAUCCCAGCACUAUACAGCAGCCAGCACAUCGAGGACUUCUUCAAGGACGGAGAGGUCCAGGACGGCUCGGAACUCAUCGGGCCAGCAGAGCCUUUCUCCGACUUCCUAGCUGACAGCCUAUCAGAUUGCAGCUCUGAAGUCCAGAGAGACAUCGGUGGAGUGGAUGACCUGACCGUCACCAGUCAGUCGGAGUAUGGAGGUCCGUCCAGUGAGAGCGAUCUGAUCUCCCUGCUGGUGGACGGAGACUCUCUUGCCGAGUUGGACGAUGGAAUGGCCUCAGGCGGCGAGUCACCCAAUCACACGGCAGCUCCGGCCAGUGGCCACACCCCCUCGGCCCAGCUGAGAGAGGCUCCCCCAAUCAGGAGCGAGCCUGAGGCGAGUGGGCAGGCCUCCGGGCGGACGGGCGGUCUCUUCCUGAAGAGGAGGCGGGACUAUCUGGACCGGGCGGGAGAGCUCAUCCGAUUGGCCGCUCACAAAGAGGCUCAGGGAGACGUGCAGGGUGCACUCACACACUACAGAGGAGGAGUGGACCUACUGCUGCAGGGAGUACAGGGUGAGGUGAGUCCGAGCCGCAGAGAGGCGGUGAAGAGGAAGACGGCCGAGUAUCUGAUGCGUGCUGAACAACUGACCAAUCAGCACACUCAGCUCAACCACAUCAUGGGACAGAGUUCAACGCAGAGCGCGGUGUUGGGCUCCCAGUGCUGCAGGCCCAGCUGGAGUCAGCAGACGCAGAGUGAUGACCUCAACAACUACAGAGUCCUCGGGGUCAUCGACAAGGUUCUUCUAGUGAUGGACAAGCGGACUCAGGAGACGUUCAUUUUAAAGGGUCUGAGGAAGAGUAGUGAGUGUGGGCGCGUGAGGAAGACCAUCCUGCCCCACGACGUGCCCCACAUGGUGCGGCUCAGGAAGUUCAUCGUGGCCGAGGACUCCAUCUUCCUGCUCAUGGACGCCGAGGGUGGGAAGUUGUGGUCUCACAUCAGUAAGUACCUGCGCAGCAGCAGUCCUGACGACAGCUUUGACAUCCCCUUCAUCCAGAAGUCCCACACGGCAGCCGUGCACUCCGUCGCCGUCGCACCCCCCCCGGGGCCCCUGCUGGCGGUGACCCCUGACCUGGGCAGCUCGGGGAGCGUAGACUCUGGGGGGCCCAGGGGGGCAACACCCAACACCACCACCUCCAUGCUGCUCCAGCCCCAGGGGCCCAGCCUGCUGGAGACGGCGGCCCGCGGAGGGAGCCCGAGGCUGGGGUGCGGGCGCUGCCAGGGGCCCCUGGAGGAGGAGGAGGUGCUGGGGCAGGAGGAGCGCUGCACCAACAGCUACCUGACGCUCUGCAAGGAGUACGAGCAGGACAAGGUGGAGCCCGGGGCCCUGGGCCAGGCCACGGAGGAGGCGCAGGAGGAGGAGGAGGAGGAGGAGGAGGAGGAGGGGGAGCAGGGGAAGGGCAGCGGCCACCGAGGGGUCAACGGAGGCUCCGUCACGGUCACCGUGCCGACCACGACCACGACCCCGCGCACCAAGCUGUUGCUCAGCAACGACAGCCUGUCGUCGCCCGUGGGGCAGGACGUGUGUUUCUUCGUGGACGAGAGCGUGGAGCGCUCCAGCGACGUGUUCAGCCCGGCCUCCAAACACACACACACACACACACACACACACGCGCACACACACACGCCCAUGGAGUUCUUCCGCAUCGACAGCAAGGACAGCGCCAGCGAGCUGCUGCUGCUCCACGAGCCCGGACACCACGACCUCUCCACCACCUCCGACCUAGGGUCAGAGGUCACCGAGUCGCUGCUGGACCUGGCUGAGGUGGUGGAGGUCAAGGGUCACCUGGCGGACCUGUGGCGCUUCGACAGCGACCGCGCCUCCAACGAGUCCGUGCCGGUCAUCUCCUUCACGGAGGCGGUCGGCGGGGAGGAGGCGGGACCUCCCGACCUGCUCGUCAACUUACCUGGUGUCGUGGCGACGACGACGACGUUGCCUGGCGACCCUCUGGAGGAGGAGCUGGUGGCCGCCGGCGUUGCCCUGGCGAUCGAGCCCAAGCCGUCGCCCCGGCGACUCGGCCAGCCGGACGUGCUGCUGCUGGACCACGACAUGGGCCAGGAGGCGGACCCCGAUUGGUCGCUGGAGCAGGAUGUGAUGUCGUCGUCGGCGUACUCCACCCAGAACUCCACGGGAGGCUCCUGCUGCAGCCCGCCCUCCGGAGCCAAGAUGGCCGCCGGCUCCAACCCAGUGGACAUCCCCCCCAGCAGCAGCGCUGCCACUGGCCCUCCGUCGGGCUCCAGCGACGACAUCCCCUUCGCCGACGCCAGCGAGGCCUCUGGCCGCUUCCUGCCUGGCUCUGACCAAUCGGCAUCGCGCGCGUGUGGGGCGGCGGCGGCGGCAGCGGCGGCAGCGGCGGCCAUGUUGGACCCUGGCGAUGCCCGGCGGGACUCUGACUCGGACGCGGGCACGGCGGUGUGUGUGGACGCGGGGCGUAACGUGUCGCAGCUGUUCCGUGAGCUGGACGAGCUGAGCGCGGCGGCCGCACAGGUGCGCAUACCUGAGGAGUUCGUGCGCUGCUGGGCCGUCCAGAUGGUGACCGCGCUGGACACACUCCACCUGCAGGGCCUCAUAUGCAGAGACCUGAACCCCAGCAACCUGCUGCUCAACCACACAGGUCAUAUUCAGCUGACGUUCUUCUGCAGCUGGAGUGAAGUGGAGGAGUCGUACGACCGCGAGGCCGUCGCCAACAUGUAUUGUGCUCCAGAGGUGGGCGGGAUCGGUGAGGAGACGGCGGCGUGUGAUUGGUGGAGCCUGGGGGCCAUUCUGUUUGAGCUGCUGACGGGGAAGUCGCUGCACCAGUGCCAUCCAGCAGGAAUCAGCAGACACACAUUCCUGAGCAUCCCUGAGUUUGUGUCCGAGGAGGCACGCUCUCUACUGCAGCAGCUCCUCCAGUUCAACCCAGCAGAGAGAUUGGGAGCAGGAGUGGCAGGAGCCGAAGACAUCAAAUCACACCCGUUCUUCUCCCACGUCACCUGGCCCAAAUAAUCACACACACACACACACACACACACACACACACACACACACACACACACACACACACACACACACACACACACACACACAC